AUGUGUUUCUGCCGGGACUUUAUAUGGGGGCAGUGUAACAAGGGUGCACAGUGCAAGUACCGCCACGAGCUUGUGUUCGAGGUUAUAAAAAAGACUUUGAAGUUCUGUCACGACUUUCAAAAUUCGGCUGGAUGUUCUCGCGAACUGUGUACAUAUCUGCACGCCACUAAGGAGGAGCAGAGUUUGUUCAAAUCUACCGGGCAACUGCCGCGGGUUUUAGCGGAGCGUCACGCCAACAUGUCUGCAGCCGCAGCUGAGACUAUCCCCCAGAUUGCAUUAUACAUACAAGAGAGUUACGCGGGCCCACCUCCGCCGCCACCGCCACCACCUUUGCCGGCUGUGUCUGCGCCGGCUAGUGUUGCCCCCGCUGCAGCGUUCCCGCGACCGCCCGUCGUGUCGGUUGCGCCAAUCGCCCCGCGUCCCGUGAUGCCUAUUGGACAACCACCGCUGCCGCCGCCGCCGCCGCCGCCGCCACCGACGGUUCCAACUACUUCAGUUCGGCAGCAGGCGCCUGUAUUUACAGCACCCCCUCCAACGGCACCUUUUACAAUGGCCCAUCCACCUCCACCUAUACCGGUAUAUGAUUCCAGUAAACCACCACCGCCAAUAAUGCCAGCGCACGCUCAAAUAAAAAGUAGCGAACCUACGAAAAGGAAAGCCUCGAAUGACGAUUCAAAUGUGCGAAUCAAAAUGAAAAAGGGAGAGGAUGAAACAAUUGCAGACCAGCUGUGUGAAAAUUGUGUGCAAAGGGAACUAAGGAUCGAUGCGAUAAAAAAACAAUUAGAAGCUAUUAAUGAAGAGGAGGAAUAUGGGACUCUCGAUUAUAAAAAAAUGAUUGAGGAGUACCAGAACUUGAAAGAAAUAUUGAAGUCACUAAUCAGCACUGAUUUGUUUCAAAAGUUCGUUGAAGAAAAUGUAGAGGGAAUCUCUCAAAAUCAAUCCAAUAAUAAUACUAUAUUUGAUCAAGAAUCGUUCAAUGCAGGAAUCCCUCAAAAUCAAUCCAAUAAUACUAUAUUUGAUGAAGAACCGUCAAAUGCAGGUGUUUCAACCGUGCCUAAUCAAUUUUUAUUACAACUCAUGGAAUACAUGAUGGGCGACGCCAAGGGCGGCGAUUUGGGAGCACAUAAAAAUCAAUCCAAUAAUACUAUGUUCAAUCCAGCUGCGUUAGCGUCAGGAGCACAUAAAAAUCAAUCCAAUAAUACUAUGUUCAAUCCAGCUGCGUUAGCGUCAGGAACCUCUCAAAAUCAAUCCAAUAAUGCUUUGUACAAUCAAGCAGCGUUGGCGUCAGGAGCACAUAAAAAUCAAUCCAAUAAUACUAUGUACAAUCCAGCUGCGUUAGCGUCAGGAGCACAUAAAAAUCAAUCCAAUAAUACUAUGUACAAUCCAGCUGCGUUAGCGUCAGGAACCUCUCAAAAUCAAUCCAAUAAUACUAUGUACAAUCAUGGAGCGUUAGCGUCCGGAGCCCAUAAAAAUCAAUCCAAUAAUACUAUGUUCAGUCAAGCAGCGUUAGCGUCAGUCACGGCACAACAAAAGAGCUUUGAUGAAUCACUUAUUCAAGCUUUAUCUUCUUUGGCUGGAGAAAGUAAUCCUGUCAAAAUAAAACACAAUAAUAAAAAUAACGCAUCUCCUGAGAUAUUGCAAACGUUUUUGGACAUUUUACAACAAAUUAAUUCAACUGACGAAACAGCGCCUGCAGAAGUGAACCUAGAUACAAGCAACAACGCAAGCUCAAAUAAUAGUAACAUAAGUGACUCCCAACAAUACUCGAAUAGGCAAGAUAUACCCGUGUCAUCAGUGAGUUCGAGUAGGUUCCCAUCGCCGACUGCGCACGGAGUUGCGACAUCUCCGGCGUUCUUGCAACCUCAAGUUGCGCCCGCGCCGCCGCCUUACCAGCACUAUCAGCCAAUGCCGCCAGCAGGGCUUUACUACCCUUCACCCUUCGCAGGCGCCCACACAGCAGGUAUGCAAAUGGCUCAAGACAGCCAGGCAAUGCGAGCACACGUUCCACUUGCGAUGCCGCCCGCGCCCCCGCCGCCCGUCUCGUUCGCGCCGACCGCUGCGCCCGCGCCGCCGCCCGUACAUCAGCCCAGCCACUACGCGAUGGAACGGUACCCGCCGCCCUACUACCCCAGGCAUCAGUAGUUCUGCGAACUGGCGACUGCAAUCGCGGCCUUCACCAUACAUGGUCGUCAUACCGCCAAUGCGAGAGAGUUCCCGUUUCUAAUCCUGUCGGUCCUAAAUUUGUUUGUGCAUUCUAAUAAAAACAUAAAUUUAAUAACUAAUAUUGCCAUCACUUCAAGCAACAUUAUUUUGAAUAAA